AUCUCUGAACUUACACCGAAUGGUGAUAACAAAGAGCUCUUUGGUAAUAUUGUCAGAACGGAUGGGUUUUCAGUUGACUUUCUUUUUUAUAAAAGACAACAAUCUGGCCAUGGUGCCUCGUUCCAAAAAUUUGACCUCACUCUUGAUGAUUUCUCUCUGGAUGAAGUUGACAAUACUUAUUUACCUAUUACCCUGGAUCCCGGAAGAAAGUCUGUUUUUACUGCUGCUAUUGGCCUUGAAUAUAACAGACAAGUGCGAAGAUGCACUACAUCCGAAUACUAUCAUAUGGCAGGGUCAACGAAAUAUUGUAAGAAAUUGAACAGUAUAAAAGCUGUUACAGGAAUAGAUCUAGUAGAAAGUCAAAUCCCCUCGUCAAAGACCUCUCGUCUAGGAGUAUAUGAGGCGUUCACCAGUUAUAUGCUCAAUAACUUAGACGCUCUCUUUAGUUUUUAUGGACAUGAAACAGCAAAGGACCGGUUUACGUUGUACCAAGGAAGGCAAAGAGCACCCGAAACUAUGGCCAACAUGCUGACUCAUGGAACGGCCAAGUACAAUCGCAAAAAGAGAAGCAAGGCAAGGAAGAGGAAAAAACAGCAGAAGAAGAAGAAUAAA